GUUACCGUCAUUCUUGCUAAUGUGUCAAAGUACUUAACGUACGUAAGAAGCAGUGUAUCCUAUGUACAGAAACACUUAAACUCUGUCCGUGAGCCUCUGGAAUUUGUACAGGUAAAUAUUUUACUGAAGACCUGUUCGACAUAUGAGGAUAUUCAAAGAAAUAGGUAUUUUGAGGCUGAUCAUUAUAUAGAGAAGAGAAGUCGUUACGUCACGUUGCCAUGGUAGCAAAAUUUCUGGAUGACAACAAACCAAAACGCCUUCACCGGCUUAAAAAGUGGAUUCGCACUGUUUCAAACUCCAUCGAUCUUAUUUAAUGUCAUUUAAUUUGUCAAAUGGUGGCGAAAUUUUCUGGGUUAAAUCCGAAAGGACUGUAUCUAAGUUUAGAAAAAGAAAUUUUUUUGUGUUGUGCUCACCCACUCCAUAAAACGGGCGUGUGAAAUUAGGAAGUUUCAUGUCGCAGUCGUGCAAAAACGGCUAAGAAAUGUACAAAAAAGCGUGAUGCACGUGCAAAGUUUUUUUUUUGUCAAUCUAAACCUAUUGUUUUUUUGCUGUUCGCUGAAGCCGUUGCAAAAACUAGGGAGCUUUAGCAUCGACGACGGCAACGGCAGCGAAAACGUCAGUUUUAAAAUGAAUUUCCGUUUUUUCAAUCUUUGUCGCGUUUAUUCCAAUUUGCUGAAAAUGGCAAGUGUAGGCGAAUUUCCCUGGAGUUGAUUUCUUGAGGACCGCUCUCAAGUUGAGAGAGAGAAAAAGAGAUUCGUCGUCGCUUGUUUACGUCCUCCAUAAAACUUGCAAUUAGGCAUUUUCACGUCGUAGUCGUGCAAGGACGGUAAAGAAAUGUACAAAAAAGCGUGAUGCACGUGCAAAGUUGUUGCUUUGCGUAAUAAUAUUGCUUUUUUGACGUCCUGGUUGCCGUCGCCGUCGUCGUUGCUAAAGCUACCUACUCUCUGUUGUUGUGAUCCAGAAAUUUUGCUACCAUGGUAACGUGACGUCACACUUCUCCUCUCAUUUCUGGACUAUUAGAUCUUUCAAGGAUCUGUGUCUCGAAAUUUAUCAAAAUUAAAACCGUGAGAACUGUCACCAAACUGAGUAAAACAUAAAAAUAACCGCUCAAAACAUGGAAAGAAGGUAUCAAUAACACUGUAAAUACAUAAGGAGACACGGAUGGAUCAAACUUGAAGAAGAUUGAAACGGGUUGCACUGAUUGUGGUUUUGCAGACCUUUUAGCCUAACAGUUUUUCAAAGCGGUUCAUUUUUCUUGUUUGUAACGUUUGAUGUAAUGCUCACACUGAGCUGUCAUUUUCUAAUUCGCACGUAAUUUCUCAAGUUCCAUAACGAGCAAGGACUCAUAAUUGACAUUUUUAAUAUCUUGUACAUUUUAAUAGUUUUUACAUAUUUUAGAUUUUUAAUGUCUUUGUGAAUUGUGUGUAUUUUUUAUUUUUUUUAUUUUUAUUAUUAUUAUUAUUUUUUUAAAUUUUAUGAGAUCCUUUUUGAAAACCAUAUUUUAUAUGAAAAAGUCAUCUCAAUAAAGAUUAUUAUUAUUAUUAUCAAAUGACUUAGAUAGCGGCGACACAGCCCCUAUAAUUAAUUGGUUAUUGCAAUAAGACCUAAUGGCCAAUGAUAAUGUAAGCUCGAUACGGAAUAAGCCGCUGCUCAGGAAAGGAGCCUGCGCUCCUUCCCUCCUCCUCCUCCCUUGUCGGUGAGGAACGAGACCAAACCUGAGAGACCAAGUUCCUCACCUGGUAGCAGGCGUAGUAAGCUCAGCUUAAGUACGCACAUGCAGAAGGAGAAGUCUGUAAAGCGCUAGCCUGCUUGUCGCACAAGUUCUGCCUCCAAUCAUGUGCCACCGUUUCUCGCCUCUCAAAAACAAAAACAGUAAAUUUUCACUGAAGCACCAGACUUCGAGUGGAGUUCUUUGAAGAACGUUAAGACAGUUUUUUGUCUGUUACGAUAAAUUUGAUGAUACCAUUUCGAAUAAUGUUUUGCGGCAGAGCUUUCUUGAGGCUAUACUAAGUGGUUCUUAGCAUUAGAUCCUCAAGAGAGAGCGUUGCAAUGUCAGUGUUUUCUAUUUUCAGGAUGUAACAUUAGCAGAAGGAAUGGUUAUAUACUCCAGGGAAGCAACCGAAGCUGUUCAGAGCUUAAGUGAGGAGCUCAGCUCUGUUAAAACACAAAUUUCACAGGUUUGUCCUUGGUCGAUUUUGUCAGUUUGUGGAGCAAUUACAGCGUUUUAGCUAAACUUGAAACAUAAGAAAAUGACUUGGUCACUGUCUAACAAAUUGAAAGAGAUAUUGGGGUGACUAAGGGCCGGUCUGAAAAAUAAACGAAAACCCGGCUUGUUUUUAUCUUAUCAUGAAUUCUUAACUGGCUUUCUGUGUAAGAGAAGCGAGAUUUUUUCACUUUUCCAUUUUUUUCUUCACGAGUAGAGAUAUUUGUCAUGUUUGUGUAACCGGAUUGAUAAAAGACGAUUUUACUGUCAUUGAAUACCCCAUGCUAGACGCAAAGCUUCAUGCAGGUUAUUUUAAAAGCACUUAUUCUCGCAGUCUGCUUGCUCUCAGUAUUUAACGUGGUUAUAUGAUCAUAAAUCAACACUUGAUCUGGAUUUGUUUUUUUUUUUGGCAGAUCAGCUCCAAAGUAUCAAAUACAGCUCCAGAUCUGAUUGACUAUCAGAAACCACAGUCAUCCCAUUCUUCAUCACGGGUUGGCGUCACAUUAGUAGCAGGGGUGGCUACUGUCGCAUUGGGUGCCUUUGUGUUUCACAGGGUCUGGAGCAAUUCAUGA